AUGCGAAUGAGUAAAUUAUAUAAAAAUAAAGAAAAGGAAAAUGAAAAACCAAGUAACGAACCUCCAAUCAAACAAGAUUCUUUAAAACGUAUGUCAUCCAAAUUUUUAGGAAAUUCUCUGAAUAGUUUUGAUUUAAGCGGAAAGCUUGAACAAGUAGAUGAAUAUCUUAAAAAAUAUCCAUUUAUAAUUGAGUUUGGAUAUAAAUUGGGAAUUAAACCAUCUUAUAUUGUUGUGUUUGGUGGUUCUGCUCUCUUUAUUUCUUUGGUUUUGGGAUGGGGCGCAGCCUUAAUUUGUAACUUGGUUGGAUUUGCUUAUCCAGCAUAUCAAUCAUUUAAAGCGGUGGAAUCACAAGGGCAUGCUGAAACAAAAUUAUGGCUUACAUACUGGGUAGUAUUUUCGCUAUUUUUUUUUAUUGAAUAUUUAAUUGAUAUAAUAUUAUUUUGGAUUCCAUUUUAUUAUGUAAUAAAAUUACUUUUCCUAUUAUAUUUAUAUAUGCCACAAGUUCGAGGUGCCGAAACAGUUUAUAAUUAUAUCAUACGCCCAAUAUUAUUAAAACAUGAAAAAACAAUUGAUGAUACUGUUCAUAAAAUUAGCCAAACAGCUACUAACCAUUUGAAUCAAUUUACUGGAAACAUAGCAGAAAAGCUUGUUCAAGAAGGAGUUCGAAGAAGAAAUGUGUAA